GAGACAUAAAUAACCAACUGUGCCACGACCGAAGUGGGCGUAGAUUCCCUGACAGACGCUGCACACAGCAACAACAAUAAUAAUAUAAAAAAAAAGAGAGAUCACAACAGCAGGAAUUCCCAGAGGUGCAGAUCUCUUCUCUGAAGACAAUGCUUCACGCUCCCGUCGUCGGGCCCCGUCCGAAGAAGAGGUCCAAGCCGGAGGAGGCUGGAGUUUCCAGGCGCGAAGAGGCAAAGUUUAAGGAUGUUAGAAUAUUCCUGGUAGAGAGGAAAAUGGGCCGUAGCAGGAGAAGCUUUCUGACCCAGCUGGCCAGGUCAAAGGGCUUUAUUGUGGAAGACGCUCUCAGUGAUACGGUCACUCAUGUGGUGUCGGAGGACAGCCAGUCGUCUUCUCUCUGGGCGUGGCUUAAGGGUGGCUCGUUGACGGAUCUUUCCGCAGUAAAGGUCCUGGACGUCAGCUGGUUCACUGACAGCAUGAGAGAGGGAAGACCUGUUCCUGUGGAGACCAAGCACCUCAUUCAGGACAUCCUGCAAGAAGCUCCUAAGGCCGCUCCUGUGAACAAGGUUUCUCAAUACGCCUGCCAGAGACGGACAACCACGGAGAACAACAACAGGAUCUUCACAGACGCAUUUGAAGUUCUGGCUGAGCACUAUGAAUUCAACGACCUUCAGGGGCGAUGCUUGGCCUUCAGGAGGGCCGCUUCUGUCCUGAAGAGCCUUCCCUGGGCGGUGCGGUGUGUGGAGGCCACGCAGGACCUGCCAUGCCUGGGUGAACAUACUACGGCUAUCAUGAAGGAGAUCCUUCAACAUGGCCGCUCGUUUGAGGUUGAGAAAGUACUCGCCGACGAAAGAUGUCGAACCCUCAAGCUGUUCACGAGCGUGUUUGGGGUUGGACCUAAAACGGCGGAGAAGUGGCACCGCAGAGGGCUCCGCUCGUUCAGCGACGUUCUGGCGCAGCCCGGCAUUCAGCUGAACCGGAUGCAGCAAAGUGGUUUUCUGCAUUAUGGAGACAUCUCCAGGGCUGUCAGCAGAGCCGAGGCGCGGGCCGUGGGGAACAUUAUUGACGAGGCCGUCCAUGUGAUCACGCCGAAUGCCAUACUGGCGCUGACAGGUGGCUUUCGGAGGGGGAAGGAGUUUGGCCAUGAUGUAGACUUUAUAGUGACCACAGCAGAGCUGGGAAAUGAGAAGAGCCUUCUGAUCAACAUUAUUGACAUUCUGAAAAAACAAGGCCUUCUACUCUUCUCUGACUACCAGGCAUCGACCUUUGACAUGUCAAAACUUCCCAGCCACAGGUUUGAGGCCAUGGACCACUUUGCAAAGUGCUUCCUGAUCCUGCGUUUGGAGGCCAGCCUGGUGGAGGGUGGUCUCCAGAGAGCGGAGGGGGACAGCCGAGACUGGAGAGCUGUGCGCGUGGACUUGGUGUCUCCGCCGGUGGAUCGCUACGCCUAUACUCUGCUCGGCUGGACUGGCUCCAGGAUGUUUGAGAGAGACCUACGAAGGUUUGCUCGAAUGGAGCGACAGAUGCUUCUGGACAACCAUGCCUUGUAUGACAAAACUAAGAAGGAGUUCCUGACAGCGACGACUGAAAAGGACAUCUUUGACCAUCUGGGCCUUGAGUACAUCGAGCCCUGGCAGAGAAACGCGUAGGCCUCGGCUCCUCCCUGGAUGGAUGAUACCCUGCGCGUACAUCGCCCAUUACCCCCCAUCUGCUUGCUGCUCCUGGGCCUCUCCUGCCAUUUACUCUCAAAACCGCUUCCGAUUUCUGUAUCUCUUUUGUGUUGUUGUUGUUGCUGCUGCUGUUGUCCCCUUAUUUACACACUGAUGCAUGAUUCAUAAUUCGCCUU